CAAGGAUUUGACACAUGACUCCCAUUCGUCGAAAAGACGAUCAAGUUAUAGUAUCAAUGUGUCUGAAUACAACCAGAUGAUAGAAGAAGAGAAGGAAAGGAAAGCUGACGAAAAGAGGCGAUUAUACAAUUCGUAUGCCUUAUCACGCCUCGACAGUAUCCAAGAAAUCCGAAGUGAUCUAUAUGCCGACACCUACUUUAAUCCUACAGUCAUCAACCACUUUCAAGCUGGUCAAGUUUCUGUAGACGCUAUCACCUCGAAGUCGACAAAGUACCGCGAAUUGUUGGAGUCGACUGCCAAGGAUUACAUCAAGCAUCAAGAAUCAUACCAAAAACUCGUUCAAUCUUUCACUUCCAAAAUCGAACCUCCCUCUAUUCCUCCUGUGGAAGUGUGUCCAGAGCCUCUGCAAUCCGGUCUCGACACGCUUUCAAAACUGUGCGGCGACGUGGUGAAAGUGGAGUUUGAAUACUUGGCUGCGAUCCGAUCGCGCUGGGAGAGCAGCCAGCUGCCCCUUCCCGAGCGAAAGAAAGAAAUGGAGAGAUUUGCGGAGGAAAUGGCGGAGACGAAAGAAGAAACGCUGGAGCAGUUUGUGAAGAAGACGGAGGACACGAUGAGGGAGAAGAGAAAGGAGGAGAAACGGAGAACCCGAGAGAAGGAGAGAGAAGAGAGACGCAGAAAAAGACAAGAAGAGAGGGAAAGAGAGAAAGAGGAAAAGGAAAAAGAAAGGGAAAAGGAAGAGGAAGAGAAAAAGGAAGAGAAAAAAGAAAAAGAGAAAGAAAAAGAGAAAGAAAAAGAGGAAAAAGAAAAGGAAAGGGAAAAGGAAGAGAGAGAAAUAGAAAUCGAAAUGGAGAAACUACAAUUGGAGAAACCAAAAUUGGAUGAAAUCAAUAGUUUUGGAUCCAACGAAAGGAUUCAGAAAGAAAGAAGUGCUGAAAUUGAUUCCAAUGAUGAUAGUUUGGAUAGUGAUGAUGUUGUUGAUGGGUCGAGAACCUCGAUUCCUUCUUUUGAAACGAAUCCACGCGAUCAAAUGAAUCAUUUCACUCAUUCUUCCACACCUUCCAACAAUUUGAUCGAUAAAAACAAACUUAAAACCCAAAUCCACACCUUCUUUGAAUCCUACUCACUCCUUCCUUCCGAUCUCGUUAACAUGGCCACUGAAUUAGAUUCCAUUCUCGAAAAUGGCCAUACAGAACACGAAACGCAUCGAAUUCUAAAGGAAGAAUCGUGGCAAUUGCAGGGCAUUCUCAAUCGAGUCGCGUUCAAUCGGAACGUGAUUCAGACAUGCGCACAGCAACUCAUUCAUCGCAUUCAGAGCUAUCACAAUCAAGAUGUGGAGCUCGUGAUGAAGAAUUAUGUGGCCAAACGGCUCAUCAUGAAAGGAAAAGAUGCCAGCGAAGCCACCGUUUGCAUGUCGUUCAGUUUCCUACUCGCUGAGCUUGCAUCGCUCGAUUCUCUCUUUGUCAACAUGAUUAUGGGACAGCUGUAUAAGGAGUGUCCAUUAAUUCGUUUGGAAGCUUCCAACCUGGAUUCACUCUCUGCGGAGAAGUUUGAACCCGCUAUGAUGCAGCAUUCAAUGAUGAUUCGGUUGUUUGCAGGCCUCUUUUUGUUCAAUCCCCGCCUGUUCCCCAUUGAGUUCGCUUGGAAGUGGAUUCUGUUAUUCAUUCAAUUGGCAGAUUGUGAACAAUUUUUAGAAGCUCCGCAGAACAUCGAAGCGUUCUUAGAAACCUGCGGAUUCUUACUGCAGAAAGAAGAGACGAAGUUUACGAAUCUGCUGAGACAUAUUAGAGAAUUAACGAUCCCGAAUCUGAAAGAUCUUCCUUCGUUCACGAGUGGAUCGAUCGCCCGAUUGAAGAUCCUUGUUUCGAACCAGCAUACGUUUACUGAUUUGUAUACAAAGAAUUUAUCAAGUGUUUACUCACAAACAUUCCAUUCAUUGCACAAAUCUAUAAGUUCUUGUCCUGUGAGUGUUUCUCGCUCCAAUAUCCCAUAA